GAUUAAUUAAAAAACGAGAAACAUGGCGCCCUAUGAUGUGAAUCUGUCUUGGACGGAGGUUCGAGAUAUUUUCCGUGUAUGGAGAGAAGAAAAAGAGAGGAAAUCGCGAGAGAUAAUUGACAUGUGGCUUCUUACGUUGAAGCCGAUGGCUCACAAACUUGGCGAUGAACUUCUGGAGCAAGUCUAUUUGGCCGCUCUUGAUUGUCACAAAAUGGAUGUGGCUGAUUCUUGCCUUACCAUCCUUGGGCGAGAGUUUCCACAGAGCCUUCGAGUACGCCGACUUUUGGCCAUGCGAUGUGAAGUGCUUGGAGACGAGCAAAUGGCAUUGAACCACCUUGAAUACAUUCUCAACGAAGACAAGACCAAUGUAGCUGCUAGGAAGAGGAUAAUCGCUAUGUACAAAUCUCGCGGAAACACCGCCAAAGCGAUUUCCGAGCUCAAUGAAUACUUGAAGAGCUUCAUGAGUGACCAAGAAGGCUGGCAAGAGCUGUGUGAUUUGUAUCUGUUGCACCAGGAAUUCUCACGAGCUGCCUUUUGCAUGGAGGAGCUUCUGCUCAACUCGCCCCACAAUCAUUUGUACCACCAGCGAUUUGCAGAAAUCAAAUACACCCAGGGUGGAAUUGAAAACAUGGAACUGGCCAAGGCACAUUUCUGCCAGGCAGCAAAGCUGAAUCCCAACAAUGUGAGGGCCCUUUUUGGAGUUCUUCAAAGUGCCAAUAAUUUGGCUCAAAAUGCAAAAGUGCCUAGCAAAAAGAAGGAAUACAUUAAAUUGGCGGCAUGGGCUUCCAAGCAUAUCCAAGAAUGCUAUCAAGGGGCCAGUGAGAAUCCUAUUGCUGCUAUUGAAGCUAUGUUUGGUCAAAUGCAGUUAUCUAGUCCAGCAUAAGUAUUGUUUUUGUUCAAGAAAAUCAAGAUAUUCACAUUAUUAUUUUAUAUUUCUUGGGUGUCAAAUUCAUCAAACGGUUUCCCAUUGAUUAGUCAAAUUGAUUUAUGCUUGCAUUCCUCCUCACUAACCUAUCUUAUUUUGAAAUAUUGUUCCAUUUCUUCAUUUUCACGGUGUCUAUUAUAAUUGCUAGUGUUUGUAAUUAUUUACUAUCCAAUGUGUUUUGUUGCAGAUAUUUAA